AGCGUUCUUUGGGCGGGUUUGCGGUUUGCCAAACGGGCGCCCGUGCAGGGCACCUUUUCUCUCGUAGCCUCAGAUGCUUGGAUGCUCGAGAGCGCCCUCGAGUGCACGAAGCCGCUCGCGCUUCGCGGUUCGGCUCCGACUCCUCCGCAUCCUCUUCGUCGCUCCUGGGGGGGCGGCCAGAGAGAGUGAAGUUGGGCGCCUUUGGAUACGUCUUUCUGCACUGUUCUGAUCUCAGAGUGAAGCAUGUCCGCCCGCGGGGUUGCAAAGCCGCCCCGUCCCAGCGGCCAUGAUCAACGCACGGAAGAAGAUCAUCAAAGACAAGAGCGCCCCCAUCACGGAGCUUGAGGAGGAGGUUGCGAAGGCUCUCCUGGACAUUGAGACGUCGCAGGCGAGUGAUAUCAAGGGAGAGCUCCGCGACAUCACCAUUUCGGCCGCCAAGGAGGUGGACGCGAAGACGCGGAAAGCUGUCGUCGUCUACUUCCCCUUCCGGGUCUGGGCCGCGGUCAAGAAGAUCCAGGGCCGCUUGGUGCGGGAGCUGGAGAAGAAGCUCGCGAAGAAGCACGUCGUCUUCGUGGCGAACCGUACGAUCCUGGAUAAGAACUUCCGGCGGAGGGGCCUCAAGGUGCGGCCGCGGAGCCGCACGCUGACGGCGGUCCACGACUCCAUCCUCGAGGACAUCGUCGGGCCCACAGAGAUCGUGGGCAGGCGCACCCGCAUCGGCGCUGACGGCACCAAGUUGAUGAAGGUGUUCCUAGAUCCCAAGGACAAGGAAAAGGGUGACGUUGAGGAUAAGAAGGCCACGUUCGCUGCCGUCUACAAGAAGCUCACCAACAAGGAGGCG